AUGCAUAGGACCCAGCUGUCAGAGCUGGCCCCUGCCCUAAGUGGCCCUCAGCGUGUUCUGCUGGAAACCUCCAGAGAUGCCGGUGUGGGAAGUUGGCUUACGGCGGAGCCGCUUGCCUCCUGUGGAUUCGUCUUGAACAAGUCCGCCUUUCGUGAUGCAGUGGCAAUUCGUUACGGCUGGCCACUUGAUGAAUUACCAUCAUCCUGCGUAUGUGGAGCGGCCAUGACGCUCGAUCACGCUGCGGUAUGUCCAACAGGGGGCUACCCAAGUCUACGCCAUAAUGAGAUUCGGGACCUGUUGGCGGAGGUGUUUUCGGCUGUCAUUUCAGAUGUAAGGAUAGAGCCUACGUUGCUGCCUUUGACUGCAUGCAGAGCAUCCACUGCUGACUUCACAACAGGACUGAGCGGCUACACACAAGCUACUAGCAUUGAUCAAUUUGACUGGACGAGAAAACAAGGAGCAACAUCAAGUAGAGACACAGGUCCCUUGUCAGAUCAUUCAAGUGGGUCUGGUCACUACCUGUAUAUCGAGGCCUCUCCACCAAGUUUUGCUGGUGAUAAAGCCAUUAUCUACUCACCACAUUACACCACAUUACACGCAAAGGUCUGUACCUUCUCUUUCUGGUACCACAUGUACGGUGACGACAUCGGUACGCUGAAUGUCUACGUGAAGACUUCCACUGCAAAUGUCAGGGUCUUCACGCAAAGUGGACACAAGGGUAACAAUUGGCUCCACGCACGAGUGCUCUUGAACACUGUCCCAGCAGUUACACCUGGUCCAUUCCAGCUUUCAUUUGAAGGCAUUUGUGGGCGCGGGCCUCGUAGUGACAUUGCUAUCGAUGACAUAGGCUUCGAAGACGACUGCUCCUCUGGAAACCCAUCUGCCAGCUGUAAUGCGCUGGGUAGUUUGCUGAUCGCUCUUACCGAUGUUCAUAACCAAACCUCAUACGACCUGGUGAUUACAAUGAUCGCUGCUAACAACACUCCUGAAGUUGUCACUCUGCACAACCAGAUGCUGUCAUCCACUUAUCAUCCUAGCGCUAUUCCAGCAGACCUUGCUACCACACAGGUCAUAGUUGCUGUGUUUGCAGUGGGCACUACAACACCUCUCAAUGUCUACAUAAAGGAUGAAUCUGAGGUGACCCAGAACAACUUGCUCGCAAUGAUGAAGGACUCGCGCAAUUACAUGAUGCAGGGUAUGGUGGCCGGCAGUGCUGCUUCUCCAACUCGCCCUCUUACUGCUCAAACCACCUGGAAGGUUGCUGGCACACCUACCCCUACUGCUCAUUAUCGCAUCUUCAAUGCUGAUUGCUAUGGUUCAAGUCCUCCUGAUACUUGUACUCGGCCAACAUAUAGAGCCAUCUCCGUGAAUGCCAGCUCCCUUACUUUUCUGACGUAUGGUGUUUACGAGGUCGUCUUCCAGGUCACCACAGGCUCUGGACCGACGGCGAAAACUAAAUACAUUACACCACCUCUCCGCCUCACUGUCAACACUGACAUCAUACUGGGACAGACACCUGUAUGCCCACUUCCCACUGCUGUCUCUCCUAUGGUCAAUGUACCGUGUACCUGCAAAGAUGGCUUCAGCUGGAAUUCUACACGCUGCACUGCGCUGGGUAGUUUGCUGAUCGCUCUUACCGAUGUUCAUAACCAAACCUCAUACGACCUGGUGAUUACAAUGAUCGCUGCUAACAACACUCCUGAAGUUGUCACUCUGCACAACCAGAUGCUGUCAUCCACUUAUCAUCCUAGCGCUAUUCCAGCAGGCCUUGCUACCACACAGGUCGUAGUUGCUGUGUUUGCAGUGGGCUCUACAACACCUCUCAAUGUCUACAUAAAGGAUGAAUCUGAGGUGACCCAGAACAACUUGCUCGCAAUGAUGAAGGACUCGCGCAAUUACAUGAUGCAGGGUACGGUGGCAAGCAGUGCUGCUUCUCCAACUCGCCCUCUUACUGCUCAAACCACCUGGAAGGUUGCUGGCACACCUACCCCUACUGCUCAUUAUCGCAUCUUCAAUGCUGAUUGCUAUGGUUCAAGUCCUCCUGAUACUUGUAAUCGGCCAACAUAUACAGCCAUCUCCAUGAAUGCCAGCUCCCCUACUUCUCUACUGUAUGGUGUUUACGAGGUCGUCUUCCAGGUCACCACAGGCUCUGGACCGACGGCGAAAACUAAAUACAUUACACCACCUCUCCGCCUCACUGUCAACACUGACAUCAUACUGGGACAGACACCUCUAUGCCCACUCAACAUUCCUGCUUGCACCUGCUCUGCUGGUUUCAGCUGGAAUUCUACACGCUGUGCAACUGUUGGCUCACAUCUCAUUGCUGCCGGGGUCCCAACUGGAACCAAUGGUACGAUAGUCCUGCAGACUAUCCUGGGAAUGGCUGUGCGUCCUACUUUCACAUCACUCACGAUGCAGACUGUCAGCGCUGACCUCAUCCCCAGUCAAGUCACAAGCACCACGAACUUCGUUGCCAAUAUGACAGUUGGCAUGACUUCCUAUGCAGCUGUUCUUUACUCCAUGAGUCCAGCAUUGGCACAGGAAGCUGUCUUUACUGCCAUUCUAAGUGGUUUCACCAACCAAGACAACGUUCUCAUCCAGACGCACAUCAUGACACACAAUAAUACAAGCACAUAUGCCUUCGCUCCCAACGUGGCUACAAACGCUGAGUAUCGUGUGUACAACUCAUUGUGCUACGAGGCUACGCCACCUGCUAGUGGAUGUGAAUGGACAGCUUUCACUAGCCCACUUAAUUUGAAGUGGGAUACGUACGAGUUGCUCUUCUUCGACCAAACUACCGAUAUGACGCCCGUCAACCAAUACAAGUACCCCGUGAUCGUCUUCAAAUCCGACAUGUCUGACAGCAAAUGCUGCGCUAGGGGACCAUUCGGACAAAGCCUUUUGUAA